CUUCAUUUCACUCACCCCUUUAACUGCCAUCCAUUCUUUCUCUCUUGAGGGGCAGGGGUACCACCUCAAAGAAUAUCCUCUUUGAUCCCUUUCUCUAUUUCCUUUUCUUUAUUAUUAUUAUAUAAUAACACCCUCUAAAUACUUCCUUUACCCCUCUUUCUCUCUCUCAUCUUAAACACAAACAAAUAUACUACUACUUCAAACUUUGAUAUGCAACUGGCGGCAGAACUCCAACGCACCCAUCACCGCCACCAAAGGCAAAGGCAACAACAGGACACCACCCCCAUGUGCCGCCAAAUCCAGCUCACUAUCUCCGAUCACACCGUCGCCGGAGACGCCGUCGCUGACGACGGCGAGGAUCUCUUCAUUCCGCCCCUCAACUUCGCCAUGGUUGAUAAUGGCAUUUUCCGCUCCGGCUUCCCCGAACCCGCCAACUUCUCCUUCCUCCAAACCCUCGGCCUUCGUUCCAUCAUAUAUCUGUGUCCUGAGCCGUAUCCGGAGGCCAACAUGGAGUUCCUCAAGUCAAAUGGGAUCAAGCUUUUUCAGUUUGGGAUUGAGGGUCAUAAGGAGCCUUUUGUGAACAUCCCAGAGGACACAAUCCGUGAAGCACUAGAAGUUGUUCUUGAUGUCAGGAACCACCCAGUUAUAAUUCACUGUAAGCGGGGAAAGCACCGAACAGGUUGCUUGGUAGGAUGCUAUAGAAAAUUGCAAAAAUGGUGCUUGUCAUCCGUCUUUGAUGAAUACCAACGCUUUGCAGCCGCCAAAGCAAGAGUUUCAGAUCAGAGGUUCGUAGAGUUGUUUGAUAUUUCCAGCAUGAAACAUUUGCCCAUACCCUUUUCAUGUUUGAAGAGGAAAAGGUGAUGAACUCCUUCAAUGCAUUGCAGCGGCAAAGGAAUAAUUCUUCUCCCAUCUUCAAAAUAAGACAAGAAAAUUCUAGGAAUAGUAGAGCAUUACCUGUAUUUGUAUGUGUUAAAAUUCUGCCCUAUAUUUCCCUUCUCUCCCUACAAUUGGCCCUUAGUGUACCUCACCACCUUUUGUCCUAUUUUCUUUCUCUUUAUUUUUAUGUUUUUCUUUGCUGCUCCCCAUUCAUCAACAAUGAGUGUAGAUAUAUCUUGAUUUUUUCUCGAGGCUCAGAGAAAUUCAAGAAGGCUACAAAAAUGACUUGUUUGUCUACCCAAAAUCUUGGUGGGUAGUAAAGCAGAGGAACUUAUAAAAUUUUAUUUGCUAGAUUAAUAUUGCUUUUCUUAUUUUAUGUUGA